AUGCCGAUCGUCAGCGUAUACACUGGUUUCAAGUUCCGAGUUAAUGAAAGCGUUUACAUCAAGAAUACCACCACCCAAAGCCUUCGUGGGCCUUACCUAAUUUCCGAAACUCACGAUGGUCCGAAAUACACGCUCGAAGAUGUCAAAGGAGACUUGGCAGCAGGCGGAAAGAAGUUCGAUGAACACGAGUUGGAGCACGCUGGCCUGGAUUUUCAUGAACACAAGCUGGAAAUCAACAAACAAGAGUCAGAGACCACUGAUCACGAGUCGGAAAGGAUCCGCAAAGGAGAGUUGCAAAUUGUCGAAUCUGGUUUGACUCCCGCUGUAGAAGAGUUGGAUUUCGAUGAAACUGAGCCGCAUCUUAAAGACCAUAUAUCACCAAAUACUUUGCGAGACGACGUCAUAGACUCCCUUGGCGACAUGAGCAGUCAGAAACAGCCACCAAUGUCUGAUGAUAUCGAUCAAACUCAGGAUAGAAGUGCGACCACGUCGGAUACAUCUAUCCCUGGUAAUUCGAGUGGUAGGAUUCCCGCCGGAAAUAUUGCACACGUCGACAGUCAAGAUAUGUACUCAACGGCCUCCGUUAGAGAAGAUACAGAGAAAGAUCUCAUCGAACGAUUUACCCGUCGCUUGGUGGCCGAUUUGACAAGCACAGCCAUUCUUGAACGCGUAGCCAGUAUUCCAUUACCGGAACUCGAAGCCUUACUGAAAGCAUUUGCGGGGCGACUUCACGAGGAGUCUACAGCUCCGUUUGGAUGGAAAGCAUCCGUAGAUCUAUGUCGGGAGAGCGGAACGAUCAUCAACGCUAUUACAUGGAUCGAGCCUCUGAUUAGAGAUGAACCGAAGGAACCGUCAGCGGAAGAAGACUCACCGGAGGAUACUCCGACACGUGAUUCAUUCUUCGAGGAUCAAAGCAAUGUCAGCGACGGGCCAGAUGCCGCAGAACUAUCGCGAUUCGACCAUGAUCCAGGCGCGCAGGUAAUCCCACCCGGCUCAAAGAGCUACAAAGAGUUCAUAUCGGAAUCACAAGCGUAUCGUUGGCUUCUUUUGAAGCUACAAACCGAAGCAGAAGUCCACUAUCCCGGUCAACACACUAAAUGUGAUAUCGGCCAAAAGAUACUUAACGAAUCUCUUCAAUCGAUGAGCAGUCAGAGACCAAUGCCAGCCGUUCAUAUGAGUAUUGUUGUCGAUUGGGAGCUGGCAAAUUACAUCAAGUCGCUACACCUGUCGCUCUCUGAAGACAUUUGGGAUCAUGUACUGUGUUUGACGGGGUCAGACAGUGAUCUUCAAGCUGUCACUGUGGCCACAUAUCUACGUAUGACAUGGCCACUCACGGGUGAACGUCUGGGAGGUAUGCUGCUGAAGCUCUUGCAAUGCCAGUCAGAUCGUGCAUGCUCAUACGAACUCUCGUCCACACUCUUUGUUGAGUUUAAUAUCAUUUCCACUGGUCACUGGCAAAUAUGGGUUCAUGGCGGCCCAUACACGGUGUCUGAGUUCGCAGAACAGAUCGCAUGGCUAGCAACCACGUUACGGCUGUCGCCAAAACAGGAAACACUGGUGGUGCUGUCACCGCAACUGUCGAUCUUGCCAAGAGAAACACCAAACGAACAAGACAUAAAGGAAGUUACGAUAUGGAGUGAGCUCGCGUUCAACAUCAAUGACAACGAUAACACAGGCACUUCGAGUGAAGGCACUUGCUGGACUCAGUUGUUUACGAACCCUGUCUUGGUCAGCGGCUAUCCUAUCCUCCGAAAGUUUACACCAGCUGCUGGUCUUGAGACAUCAUUGGACAUCAUGGCGGGCCUUGUGAAAGCCCACCAGGUAGUUAGUCUCGAGAACAGAAUUGUGAUGAAAGGCUUCAACAAGACCGAACUCAAGCUCACACAUGACUGGGUGUACGAGGAAGACAAGCUGAAAGAAGACUGA